AGGAAACCAGGAUAUGAGUCAUCCCUUCCUCCCCCCAUCUAUGGCUUCUUAACAGAGUUUGGAUAAGUCACUUAACAUCUUUGAGGCGUGGUCUUGCAUAGGAGGCAGUCCUCUGGGUGUUCUGAUGCGGGGUCUGAAAGAAGGAAGUGCCCCAUGGAGAUGCAAUCAGCACCUAGAGAAGGAAGGCGGCUAUCCAGGAGUCCCAGAGCUGGUCAGUGGGUGAGCCACAGGUAGAUCCCACGUCCGCCAGCACACCUCCCAACCCAAGACUGCUACCUACCUUCAAAGGCGCUCCGAGGCCCCAGCCAUGAACUACGUGGGGCAGCUGGCGGGCACGGUGUUUGGGACAGUGAAGGAGCUGUACCAGGGCCUGAAUCCGGCCACGCUGAGUGGUGGCAUCGAUGUGCUGGUGGUGAAGCAGGCGGAUGGCUCUUUUCGAUGCUCACCCUUCCACGUGCGUUUCGGCAAGCUGGGUGUCCUGCGGUCACGGGAGAAGGUGGUAGACAUCGAGAUUAAUGGGGAGCCAGUGGACUUGCACAUGAAGCUGGGGGACAGUGGGGAGGCCUUCUUUGUCCAAGAGCUGGAGAGUGAUGAGGAGCACGUGCCUCCCCGCCUGUGCACAUCGCCCAUACCUUGGGGGAACCUGUCUGGGUUCCCCUCGGACUCCCAAAUGGGUACAGCCAGUGAACCUGAGCACAUCAUCAUGGGUGUGGCCUCUACGGGGCGGAAGAAGAGGCUUCGUAGGAGGAAAUCCAGGCGGAAGGAGGACAUGACGGCAGCAGAUUCUAGUUCUGAGGAGCUGGAGGCAGGCGCUGAGAGUGAGCUGUCCCAGCUGGAAAAGCCAAGGCCUGAGCCCCCAGGCAGUAUCCUGUCAGAAGGGGAGUCCUCACCGCAGCCCAAAGACAUCUACCCCUACUCUGAUGAAGAGUGGCCCCCGCAGGCCAGCGUCCCAUCGGGUGGGCUAACAUCCCCUAAGAGCGACUCGGAGCUGGAGGUGCGGAUCCCUGAGCCCAGCCCGCUGAGAGCUGAGUCCCACAUGCAGUGGGCCUGGGGGAGGCUGCCUAAGGUGGCCAAAGCUGAGUGGCUUGCGUCCUCAAUGGUCCCUGAUGGCAGCACCAGGAAAGCCUCUCCUCAGGGAGCGCCCAGCUCCCCCUCCACCUCUGUGCCUGGUGAUGACCCUUUGGGACCCCUAAUCCUGCAAACAGGGGCCGGCACUGACCUUCAGCCUGACAUGGAGGUGCCUGCUCUGGUGGGUCCCCUUCUCCCCGCCCCCGAGAGAGAGAAAACCAGAACUCAUUGGUCCAAGGAUGCGGACCUCCCUCCUGCCUCGAAAUCCUGGAGCUGGGCUGCUCUGGAGGGUCCAGCUCCCACUGGACAGCCAGAAGGGGUCUCCAGGAGGAAAGGCUCCCUGAAGAGAAGCCAGCACCUGGGUCCCAGUGACAUCUACCUGGAUGACUUGUCCUCUCUGGAUUCUGAGAAUGCAGCCCUUUACUUCCCCCAGAGUGACUGUGGGCUGGGGGCCAGGAGGUGGAGUGAACCCAGCAGCCAGAAGCACCUGGGGGACCCCAGCCCCGAACAGGAGCCAGAACCCACUCCAGACAUGAUAGUGCUGUCCCUCUGUGGUGGACUGGCUGACAGCCGAGACAUUUCCCUGGAGAAAUUCAACCAGCACAUCGUCUCCUACCAGGACCUCACCAAAAACCCCGGCCUUCUGGAUGACCCGAACCUGGUGGUAAAAAUCAAUGAGAGGCAUUAUAACUGGGCUGUAGCUGCCCCCAUGAUCCUCUCCCUGCAAGCAUUCCAGAAAAACUUGCCCAAGAGCACCGUGGACAAGCUGGAGAAGGAGAAGAUGCCCCGGAAGGGUGGGCGGUGGUGGUUCUCCUGGCGACGCAGGGACUUCCCAGCUGAGGAGCACAGUGCCCAGAGGGACAAGACCACAGCCAGGGACCCAAGGGGGGAGAAGACUGAUGUCCUGAGCAGCGAGGAUGACGCCCCAGACAGCCCUGUGAUCCUGGAGGCUCCCUCCCUGCCACCCUCACCUCCAGCCUACACUCCUACCUACAAGAAGUCCCUCCACCUCUCCUCCGAUCAGAUCCGGCGGCUGAACCUGCAAGAAGGUGCCAACGAUGUGGUCUUCAGCGUGACAACCCAGUACCAGGGCACCUGCCGCUGCAGGGCCACCAUCUACCUGUGGAAAUGGGACGACAAGGUGGUCAUCUCAGACAUCGACGGCACCAUCACCAAGUCGGACGCUCUGGGCCACAUUCUGCCCCAGCUGGGGAAAGACUGGACACACCAGGGCAUCACAAGUCUGUACCACAAAAUCCACCUAAAUGGGUACAAGUUCCUAUACUGCUCGGCGCGGGCCAUCGGCAUGGCUGACCUCACCAAGGGGUACCUGCAGUGGGUGAGCGAGCGGGGCUACGGCCUCCCCAAGGGCCCCAUCCUGCUGUCUCCCAGCAGCCUCUUCUCCGCCCUGCACAGGGAGGUGAUUGAGAAGAAGCCGGAGGUGUUCAAGAUCGCCUGCCUGAGUGACAUCCGGCGGCUGUUUCUGCCCCAUGGACAGCCCUUCUAUGCCGCCUUCGGAAACAGGCCCAACGAUGUCAUUGCCUACCGGAAGGUGGGCCUACCUGAAUCUCGCAUCUUCACAGUCAACCCCCGGGGAGAACUCAUCCAGGAGCCCAUGAAGAAUCACAAAUCCACAUACGAGCGGCUCGGCGAGGUGGUUGAGCUCCUGUUUCCACCUGUGGCUUGUGGCCCUGGCACAGAUCUGGCUAACCCUGAAUACAGCAACUUCUGCUACUGGCGCGAGCCACUGACCACUGUGGACCUUGACGCUCUGGCCUGAACCGGCCCUGGCUACCCUCUCCUCCCUGGCCUGGCCCAGAACUGACUGAUGUCCCAGGGCAUAGAGGGUUGGAAGCUUGGUGCCACAGGGCCAACCCUAGGGGGAAGAGGGGGCUGUGGGCUGGUUGGCAGCCUCUCUCCUCCCUGUGCUAUCUACUUCUGCCAGCUGAGCCGCAGGGGGUGGGGUAGCUGCUCCAGGCUUCAGCAUGGCCCUGGCCUGUAGCAAUUAAAGGCUUGUCACCUGGGCCCAUGCAGCAUUCCCCACAUCCUUGACAUCUGUUCCCAUCACCCUGGAACUCUGCCUCAACUCCUGAUAGGACAGAGAACAGGGAGGCCCCACGAAGGCUUGAGAGCUGUAAGCACAGGGAGGGUUGGUGGCAGCAGUGGAGAACAGUUGACUAACAUCUAGGAAGAACACAGUGCUCCCCCACCCUCUUCUGGGAGCCUGGAACACCCACACUCUCCGAGGCCAUUCCCUUACAUAGCCCUGGCCCCUUCUCAUAGCUCUCGAGCCAGACAUCUCAGCACAUCCCAAGCCUGGAUGCUCCAGUAUCCUCCGGCUUCGGGAAAGGGGGAGUCCUGGGCAGAGCAAAGACCAAGGGAAUGUGGCUCCCACUUGGCCUAGCCCGCCCCCAGCAGCUGCCCCUGCUCCUCCCAGCACCUCCCCUGAGGACACAGCCCCAAAUCCUGCCAGGCAGGUGGGGGUUGGCUUGUUGCCUUCCCUUGGCCUUUGCUGGUCAGUUCAGUGCCCACACAGCUGCUGAGCGAGCUCUUGCCUGAGGAGCUGUGGGAAGCCGGGCUGACACCCCACUGCAGCCUUCCCUCCCACUGUCUUUGGGGAAGAAAAUACCUUUAGAUGGGCUAAAAGCUUUAAUCCAGGCCUGCCCUUCCCAACAGCACCACAGCGGAGGGCAGAAUACCAAAUGUUGGGAAACCAGGAGGCGGGGGUAUAGGAACCUACAAAAUAACCCAGGAGGGCCCAGGCUGCUGUGUGGAAACUGAGGCCAGGAGCCCCAGCAGAGACGAGCAUCAGGUUCUCUGGGAACAGCACAGGCUGGAUGAACACGUGUGUUUUCACAUUGUCCCUUGGUGGUGUCAUACCUGAACUUCUCAUGACUUUGUGAAUAUCCAGGCAUGGCCGGGCUUGCAAGGAUGUUGGAAACUAGGCCUUGAGCCCUCUCCCUCCAGCUGUGGCCUCUUGCCCAGGGUCUGGCCUCGUUCAGGCCAUGACAUACAAGAGGGCCGUUCUUUGGAGAGAGGCCCUAACCUGGAAGGAGAGAUCUCCCCCCAAAUGGAAAGGGGAGGACCAUGUGGGAACCAGUGUCCUGAAAACAUCCUUAGAGUAGGAAAAGGAUGAGUUGAAUUGGGGUCUCCAAACAGGUCGCCUGGACCCAGUCCUCCUCUGGGAAUCUACAGCUGCCAAAGCCCCCUCACUGUGGGGGAGGAUCGACAGGAAUAAAGAGAACCCUUGGCUGAG